CUGAUGGAACUUGUUGUACUUUGCAGCCUGUGGUCACGAUAUGCUUUCUAUAAUUAGGAUGUUAUGCUUCACUCCAAUCGACUGUUUUUGCAGUCUAUAAAACUGCAUUUCUCGCACCACACACUGGACAGCUUUUUAAAAAGAAGUACUGUGCGGUUUUACAAUGUGAAGCAGGAAAAGGUUUUGGAUUUUUUUAAACUGUUAAACGCCUGUUUCCUGUCUACCAAUCGGAGACUCUGCAGUAAGCACAUGACAAAGCUGAAGGUGAGGAGUCUGGCUUCAGGUGUUAGAGUUCACUCCAUGUGCCCCGGAGAAAUUCUCGAAACCUUGUCAUAAGAUCGCAGUUGAUGUCAGAUACCAAGACAGUCAUGGAGGGAGAGGCGGGCUGUUUUGAGACUGCAUGUCAAUAUCAGAGCCCGGAAUACGCUCCGAAUCCACCUGCCUGUGUGUAUGUCCGCACUCCGCAGAGCUCUCUCCUCAGGUCGUGCUGUGUUGAUUUAAGUGAACAGAGUGACACGGAUUUCAGCCUUUACCAGAGCUCUACAGAUCCGAGCUGUGGCUAUAUUUCACAGCCUAACUAUUUCGACGCCGAAUAUGGGGAUAAUCUCCAGCUUCAGGGACACUACCCGUUCCCUUGGAUGAAGAACACCAAAUCACAUACUUGGAGAAAUCAAUGGGGAGGAAACAACUUUCCGCUGGACGCUGAGGAAUGCAAACGGACCCGAACGGCCUACACGAGAGGCCAACUUCUGGAACUGGAGAAGGAGUUUCAUUUUAACAAAUACAUCUCCAGACCCCGGCGUAUUGAACUCGCGGCAAUGCUGAACCUCACCGAGAGGCAUAUCAAAAUCUGGUUCCAAAACAGAAGGAUGAAAUGGAAGAAGGAGGAAGCAAAAAGACAGUCCAAGACCAACUUAAGCAAAGCAGAAGCGACGCUGCACGACAAGUGUUCAGGAGAUGCCAAGGCAGGGGGUGGCUCGGGGGCUUCCUUCAAAAAGGACAAUAAUUUUCCUCUGACCGGAGUCAAUUGCGAUAUUGGACAUCUACUAAUCACAUAGAAUGCGAACAUAACGUGUCACAUUAGAAGUAUGUCAAUUGAUUUGUUUUAAUCAUUCCCAGGCUGCAAAGGAUAUAUUGCCUGUCCCGAAUCCUCUCAGGAUGGGAAAUAUUGCAGCAUAUUUUAUGAUCUACAAGGCCGCACGUAAACCAUUUAAAUAUUUAAUAUAUUGUAAAAAAAACUAAUCGUUUGAUCACAGAAUGCGAUUUAUUUAAAUAUCUAACAACAGAAAUUAUUUCUUCCCCAAUAGGACAGUCUCUAGAGACAAGCACCGGCAAUAGUAUGAGUUUAUGUACACGAUCGGGAAUAAAUUGUUAAUAAUUCUUAGAAUUUGAUUUUGUUUUUCUCUCGAGUUAACAUCGUGUUCGAACAAAAAAAGGACACAGAAGAAAUUCUCAUUUUUUUUGCAAAUGUUACACACGGCUGACCGGCGCUGGGUCUGAUACUAGUUUUUUUUUGUCUGGACCCCUGGAAACAGAUGGUGUUUUGAGGUGAAAAGUAAUAUACGCGACAAACAGCAGCUGAGUACAAAUUACAUCUAAUUGUCCGAACUGAGAACUAUAAUUUAAUAGCAUGCUGGGCAACGGUGAGCGCAAGUCAGUUGCAAAGAGUAGGCUUAAAAAUAUCUCGCUGUCAUGUCAGGCCAGAUAUUCUCUUUGUUUGACUAUUUACACUCACGUUCCUCCGGAACUUCUGAUGACAGUAUAUAUGGGUUAUUGUUGAUUGUAAA